AGCUACAGGCACAGAAAAGGAGUGAGAGAGAAAGCAAGCAAAGGCACUCCUUUUAAUAAGGAUCUGCUUUAAAACUGCUUUAGAAGUGCCACAUCUGCAAGCUGGAAACUGGAAGUUAAAACAACUGAGGCGCCACUAAACCAAAGUGGGGGCAAUUAAAGCAGAAGGAAAACUAAGUUCUAAGAAGCUGCAUGAUCACUGCUGGAUGUGAGGGGAGGAGAUGGCUUUGAUCUUGGCCUGGCCCCUGCCUUUCCCCAUAUUCUUCAUCCUGGGAUAUUUCUCCUUAAGCUUUUCUGCAACGGAGGGCAAUGUUUUUCAUUUUGACACUGAAGGUGGCUCAGCAGUUGGUAGCCACGAAGACACACUUAUCAAUGGGCAGCAACAAUCUGUAGCUGUGGGAAGUUGGUUGCCUUCUGCUGAGAAAUGUCAAGAAGGUUUUUACCGAACUUUUGCAGGAGCAUGCCAGCCUUGUAGUUGCAAUAACAACGCAUACGAGUGCCUUGAUGGAUCCGGAGUUUGUCAGAAUUGCCAGAGAAACACAACUGGAGACCACUGUGAAAAAUGUCCAGAUGGCUAUCUUGGAGAUGUCACUAGGGGAGUGCCCAGCUUCUGCCAACCUUGCCCUUGUCCCUUGCCACUGCUUGCCAACUUUGCAGUUUCCUGUUACAGAAAAAGUGGGGUGGUGCGCUGUAUGUGUAAAGAAAAUUAUGCCGGGGCAAACUGUGAAAGGUGUGCCCCCGGUUACUAUGGAAACCCCUUGGUGAUUGGCAGCUCCUGUAAAAAAUGUGACUGCAGCGGCAAUUCAGAUCCUAACCUGAUCUUUGAGGAUUGUGAUGAAGUGACAGGCCAGUGCCGCAAUUGCUUGCGCAACACCACAGGCUUCAAUUGUGAACUGUGUGCUCCUGGUUAUUAUGGGGAUGCCAGAAGAGCUAAAGAUUGCACAGCAUGCAAUUGCAGAGGAGGACCUUGUGACAGACGAACAGGACAAUGUCUAGCAGAACCUCCAAUGCCUCCUCCAGGCACAGAUUGUCCCGUUAUCAGCUGUGACAAAUGCAUUUGGGAUUUGAUUGAUGAUAUCAACUUGGCAGUUCAGUCCAUUGAUGAAAGCAAAGCAACGCUGCAGAGUAUUUCCACUGGGGUUGCUGCUCACAAACACUUGAAUGACCUAAAUUCUACUUUUUUCCUCCUCAAGACGCAAUUGUCAGAGAAGGAUAAUCAUUCUGCACUGAGGAGGAGCCAGACUGACAAUGCUGAGAGUGAAAUGACUGAGCUUCUCAAAGAAAUCAACACACUUGAUGAAAAGAGAAAUCAAGAAUCAAGCAAAGGCCUACUACUACAGAUGGAAACCAUGGCGACUAGUGACCGUGCUACUAAUCUUGUACAGAAACUGGGAAAUAUGAUAGAUAAUAUCCAAGAGAUUGGCAGCAAGGUGGAAUACUAUGGGAUUGAGCAUGAUCUGAGGCCUGAGGACAUCCUUCAGAAGUUCAAGGAAGCAGAUGGAAUGCUAAAGGACAUCCAGCUCCGCCCACCUUUCAUCAUUCAAAGGCAACUUGCGGAUGAAGAAUCCGAUGCAGCACAGAAACUACUAAGAGAAGCUGAAAAAUGGCAGCAGACUCAUAAUGAAACCAGAUCUCUGGUUCCUGUUGUAUUGGACCAGCUUAGAGAGUACAACACCAAGUUGACAGACUUACAGGAGGCUCUGGAUGAGGUGGCUGAUGAUACGAGACAAAGAGAAGCUAAAAAUAAGGAAAGCUCUGCUAACGUCAAAGAGUGCAAGGAGCAAAUAGAAGUACUAGAAGGACAAAUGAAUAGAAUCAAUAGCACUCUGCUGAAGGCUAGAGAGAUUUUAAAUGUUACACACCAAAUUAAUGUUGAACUGAGUGAAGCAAUGAAGAAUGCAGAAGGCUUCUAUGCAGAAAUAGAUGGAGCUAAAAUACAGCUACAGGACAAACUGGCCAACCUCUCCAGAUUCGAUGAUGAGUUAGUGGAAAAUGCCACGGCGUAUGCUCAGGAGCUUCAUGGUCUUGCUGAUGAACUGGACAGGACCUUGCAUGGUGUUGAUACAAAUGGAUUAGUCCAAAAAGCACUGAAUGCUUCUAAUGUCCAUGAAAAUAUUAUUAAUUAUAUUAAUGAAGCCAGUCAAAUAUCUGACUUGGCAUUAAACACUACACAGCGAGUCAGUGACGCUGCUGUUGGAAUUGACACUCAGAUCACUUACCAUAAAGAGAGAGGCAAAAGAAUUCUCAAUCAAGCCAAAGAACAGGAACGGACAGCAUAUACUAAUAAUUUUGCUGUUGCAGAUGCAGGUCGACACGUUAACAGAACUCUUACCAGGAAGAAUAAUUUUAAAGCCCAUUUGAUGAAGGUCAUGACAAACCUGCAGGUGUCAGAGCAAGAUAGUGCAAGAGAGCGUUUAAACCGCUUGAAAGUGAUUACUGAUGAAGCUCAAAAUAUGGCUGCACUAGUAACCAAUGCUACUGGCCCAAUGACUCAGAAUCUGACCAAAUGGUCCCAAGAUCUGAGGAACUUUGAACCUGAGAAAGUGGCUUACGAGCGUGCCACAGUCGCAACAGGGGAUACAGUGAAGAGUCUCACAGAAGUUGUCCCACAAUUGAUAGAUAAGCUGCAUACCGUGGAGCAGAAGUGGCCAGCAAACAAUAUCUCGGCCAGCAUUCAAAGGAUCAGGGAGCUCAUUGCUCAGACGAGGAGUGUAGCAAAUAAGGUCCAAGUAUCAAUGUCAUUUGAAGGUCAGACUGCUGUUGAAGUCAAUCCACAAACAAACAUGGAAGACUUAAAGGCUUUUACAUCUUUGAGUUUGUAUAUGAUGCUACACAACCCAGAACGGGCAGCACCUCAAGAUAGGUUUAUUCUGUAUCUUGGAAGCAAAAAUACAAAAAAUUAUCUGGGUCUUGCAAUUAAGAAUGACAACCUAGUAUAUAUUUAUAAUUUGGGUGAUGGUGAUGUGGAGAUACCACUGGACUCCAAGCCAGUCAGCUCCUGGCCUACCUACUUCAGCCUUGUUAAAAUAGAAAGGAUUGGAAAGCAUGGCAAAGUCUUUUUAACUGUACCAAAUCCCAGCAGCACAGCUGAGGAAAAAUUCAUUAAAAAAGGAGCAGUUCCUGGUGAUGACUCUUUGUUGGAUCUGGAACCUAAAAAUGCAGUUUUCUAUGUUGGAGGAGUACCUCCAACUUUUAAGCUUCCUCCCAGCUUGGACUUGCCUGGCUUCAUUGGUUGCUUGGAGCUUGCUACACUGAAUGAUGAUGUAAUCAGUUUGUACAAUUUCAAAAAUAUCUACAACAUCUCCAAAUCUGUGCCAUGUGCCAGGGAUAAGCUGGCCUUCACACAGAGCCGGGCUGUAAACUAUUUCUUUGAUGGCUCUGGUUAUGCUUUGGUGAAGAACAUUGAGAGAAGAGGGAAGUUCGGCAUGGUGACCCGUUUUGACAUAGAAGUUCGAACGCCAACAGAUAAUGGACUGCUCCUCCUGAUGGUUAAUGGAAGCAUGUUCUUCAGCCUAGAGAUGCAGAAUGGAUACCUUUAUCUACAAUAUGACUUUGGCUUCAACAAUGGCCCAGUGAUUCUAGAAGAUUCUUUGAAGAAAGCUCAGAUUAAUGAUGCAAAAUUCCAUGAGAUAUCUGUUAUAUACCACAAUUCCAGAAAAAUGAUCUUGGUUGUAGACAGAAGACAUAUAAAAAGUGUAGAAAAUGACAAGAAAAGCAUGCCAUUUGCUGACGUCUAUAUAGGAGGAGCUCCAACUGAGAUAUUAAAAUCUAGUGGUGUCAGCUCACAUUUAGCCAUCAGUACAGGAUUUAGGGGCUGCAUGAAGGGUUUCCAGUUCCAGAAGAAGGACUUCAACUUGUUAGAGGAGCCAGGAACUCUGGGAAUUGGCUAUGGUUGUCCAGAGGAAUCACUUAUGUCCCGUAAAGCCUAUUUCAAUGGCGAGAGCUACAUUGCAUCUAGUCAGAAAAUUUCCCUCUCUCAUGGAUUUGAAGGUGGAUUUAAUUUCCAGACUUUACAGCCUAAUGGACUCUUAUUCUAUUGCAUUGAAGAAUCAGAUGUGCUCACCAUUACCAUGGAUGAAGGGGCUGUUGUGUUAAAUGCAAAGGGAGUCAAAGUUCAGGCAGCAGAUAGAUCCUAUAAUGAUGGGAAAGCUCAUUUUGUGAUUACAUCUGUCUCACCAGAAAGGGUUACACUUUUGGUGGAUGAAAAAAAACAAAGCAAAAAUAAUUCAGCAGCAAAGGACAAAACUGAGGAAAAGCCUGUGAGCACCAAGAAAUUCUACUUUGGUGGCUCUCCCUUCACUACUGAAUUUGCCAACUUUACUGGCUGUAUAAGCAAUGCCUAUUUUACAAGACUGGAUCGAGACAUCGAGGUGGAAGACUUCCAGCGAUAUCCUGAGAAAGUACAAGCAUCCCUUUAUGGAUGCCCUGUUGAAUCUCCUCCAGCUGCUCUUUUCCAUAAGAAAAGAAAAAAUUCCUCCAAGUCCAAAGGAAGCCAUAAUAAAAGGGUUGGAAAAGACAAUGAAAGACCUUCACAGUUUCCAUCAAGCAUUGAAAAAUUAGAUCAAGAACGGAGAGCUCAGGGGGACCCACACUGCCACUUCUCCAACAGCCCCAGGGCAACUGAACAUAUGUAUCUGUUUGGAGGAACAGCAAACAGUCGGCAAGAAUUUGAUUAUUUACCAAAGAAUUUCAAUGAAAGAUCUCAGUUCUCCAUUAGUCUAAAGACGCAAUCAUCCCAUGGAAUGAUCUUCUAUGUCUCUGAUCAGGAGGAGGAACAUUUUAUGGCCCUUUUUAUUGCCCAUGGCCGGCUGGUUUUUAUGUUUAAUAGUGGCCAUCGAAAAUUAAGAAUUAGAAGCCAAGAGAAGUACAAUGACAACCAGUGGCACAAUGUAAUGUUUGUUCGGGACAGAAAUACUGGGCGUUUGGUAAUUGAUGGUCUCCGAGUACUAGAAGAAAGCCUUCCUUCUUUUGACAAUUCAUGGCAUGUCAUUAGACCCUUUUAUGUAGGGGGUGUGGCACCAGGAAAAGCUGCCAAAAAUAUUCAGAUUAACUCUGUCUACAGUUUCAGUGGUUGUCUUGGCAGUUUACAGCUCAAUGGAAGGCCAGUUACUUCUCCUUCACAGACAUUUAGUGUAACUCCUUGUUUUGAAGGCCCAACAGAAGAAGGAACAUAUUUUUCAUCAGAAGGAGGAUAUAUUAUUCUUGAUGAAUCCUUCAGCUUGGGCCUGAAAUUUGAAGUUGUUUUUGAAAUUCGCCCUCGAAGCAGUUCAGGAAUCUUGAUGCACGCACACAGCGUAAACAAGGAGUUCCUGAACAUACACAUGAAAGAAGGGCAGGUCAUUGUGAAGCUGAACAAUGGAAUCAGAGAAUUUUCAACCUCUGUUAUACCAAAGCAGAAUCUCUGUGAUGGAAGAUGGCACAGAAUUGCAAUUAUUAGAGAUGCCAACGUGGUACAGCUGGAUGUAGAUUCUGAAGUGAACCAUGUAGUGGGACCAUUAAAUCCAAGAGCAAUUGACCAUAGAGAGCCUGUGUUCGUUGGAGGAGCACCUGAUUCUCUCCUGACAUUCAGCCUGACCACACGCAAUUCCUUUACUGGAUGCAUUCGCAACUUUAUGAUUGAUGAAAGGCCAGUGAGUUUCAGUAAGGCAGCUUUGGUUAGUGGUGCUGUGAGCAUCAACGUAUGUCCUGCCACCUGAAAAGCUGGUGAAUGACAAAACUACAAGGUCCUGUACAACACUGAAAGAGAAAACAAGAAAAUAGCUGUGCUGUAUUCAAUUUUCAGUACCAAGGAAACAAAAAUAUAUUGCUCAAUAUAUGUACAUGAUAAAGCAUUAUGAUUAUAGGCACUAAUGGGAAUGUGUUUACCACCAAGAGAGAACCACCAGAACGAAAUAAGGGGAGGUUUGGGAGUGGGAGGCUGCAAUGCACUAAACAAGGUAUAUGGGAGGCUUAUCUGAUGUAACAGCUAGAGUGUGCACCAAACUGAUUUGUGCUGUUUGGCCCAAAUUCAGACCGGACUGUGGUCUGCAAACCGGUUUGGUCGAACCGACUGACUGGUCUGGUCCAUCCAACUGAACCAGCACGGACUGGUUCACUGGUCAAAGCACCUGUUGAGGGGAAUCUGGUGAGGAUUUCCCUUUCCUUGCAAAGAUAAUAAAAGGCUGGAGGGGGCCUUUAAAACUGAAAGAGAAGACGCUUACCGGCAGAUCCGUGUUGCGUUCCCCCCGUCCUCUCAGUGAUGGCAGAAGAGGCCAUUUGCAUGUGACUGCCACCGCUGAGAGGGUGGGGGAAGCGCCACACAGGCCUUCUAGUGAGCGUCUUCUCUUUCAGUUUUAAAGGCACCUCUCUCUUGCCGCCUUCUAUUACCUUUGGAAGCAAAAGGGAAUCCUCACCAGAUUACCCUUUACAGGUGCUCAAACUGGCUAACUGGUCCCAGGGGUGUAGCCACCAUUGUGCGAACGGGUUCAAAAAACCUGGGCCACCAAUGGUAGGAGCCGUCAAAGCCCCCAGGGGGCAUGGCUCAGGCUCUGGAAGAGCCCCAAAUGACCUCCGCCCGGGCUUCCGGAAGCCCCAAGCGAGCACUUGCCUAUCUUUUCCAGGCAGUGUUUCCUGCCUGAAAAUAUCUAUUCCUCUUUCUCUCCAUGCAAAGGGGGUGUGGCCUCAAGCUCCAAAGAGCCCGAGCUCACGUUUCCGUAUCAUUUCAGGCAGCAUUUGCUGCCUGAAAGCAUCUAUUCUCCCUGUCUCUCGCUCUCAGUCUCUGGAGGGAGAGAAAGGGGAAUAGAUGCUUUCAGGCAGCAAACACUGCCUGAAAAUGAUAGGCAAGCCUGCACUCACUUGAGGCUCUCCGUAGCCUGGGGGGGUCAUUUGGGACACACCCCAUGCGCGUGAUAUCACACGCACGGGAUGCCUUUAGAGGGGCCACCUGGCUUGGCUGGCUCUGCGCCUGACCAGUGCACAGAUGAAUCUGGUUUGGUCUGGUUCAGUUGUGGACCGGAACCCUUUUUCUGGAACCAGUCUGGUCCACAAUCAAGGCAGUCGAACCGGCCCAGUUCAAUGAGGACUAGUUCGAUUGUGGACCAGUUUGGCACACCCGUCAUUACAGCUAGGCAAUGAAAGAUUAUCUGCUCAGUCUUAUGCAAAGUUGAAUGCACCUAAACCUAUUGAAAUAAUAUCAGCUGUGUCUAAAUCUGCAUAAAACAACAUCUGCUGUGUGUUUUAGUCAUGUACCUAAGGAAAUAAAUCCCAUAGCAUAGGCUCUAGUAAAGGAAGAUCCCUUUCUCAGAUUGUGACUGCUUAUUCAGCAACAGAUUGUUCUGGUUCACAAAAUCAUUUGAAUCUAGGUUGAAUGCAGGUUACUGUCAUUAGUGUGAUUUGUGAACAUAAGCCACAGUGGUUAAUGGCCCAAGAUGAAUCUUGGAUUUCCACCCUGGCAUGGGUUCACACAAUCACACUAAUGUCAUUAAGCCAUAUUAAACCUAGAUUUGGAGGGUGUUUUAAUGUGUAGCCUAACCCAGGCUAGAGAAACCCAGCCUGGGUUCAGCUGCAUGUGAGAAUCACGGAGACUGCUGCCUAGCCCGGCUUUUUAACCAAGCUUUUAGCCGAGGUUAAGGGAGCGAAUGCUCCCUUAACCUGGGCUUCCUGCUCGUGUGCAAGCUCAGGCUGCUUCCAGCCCGGCCACACACAGAAACAGGCAUCACCCGUCUCCUGGGGGAACCCCCAGUGCACUGCCUUCAGUGUAUAGUGCAUUGUGGGAUACCCAGAGACCAGGAUGUGUCAUCCUGGCUCUCCAAAAAUGGAUCAUGUGUGUUUGCCAGUCAUCGGGGGGAAGAUGAGUGAAGUGAAGCCUUCCCCCCCACACACACACCGCUGCCCGUGUCAUUGAACUAUUGUGUGAACCAGGCCAAUAUAAAUGUUUUUCUUCUCAGGGCACAGAAGCUGCACUUCAAGCAUAAGUCUCUGCUUCUUCCCACUGUAGUUUACUUCAUCAAGUCUUCCUGGAUGUGGUUGAGAUUAUUUUGAAAUAUUAAUAUGUUACAAACCAAAGACAUCCAAAUAUUAAAUAGGUUUAACAAACAUACCUUGGUAUUUUUCUAAGCCAUUUCUUAGGCAUGAUCUACUUGCAAAGUGGGUGUUGCAAUCACACACAAAGGAUCCCAAUAUCCCUAUCCAGCUUACCCUCUCUGCUUGCUGUAAGAGAAUGAAUAACUUACUUAUAGAGAUGCCAACAAGCUUCUCUAAAUUUGGGCUUGCAGACCUCUGAAAGUUCUCUGUCAGUUCCUGAGCUCAGAGUAGUUGUCCAAAGACUGCAAUCCCUCCCAGAAAAACACUCCCUAUUUGCUCUUUACUCACCUUCCAGCAGUAACAGUAUGCAAGAAGUGGGGAGUUUUUCUUUCCCCUCCCCUUGUUGUUCUGAUGCACUGUUCAGACAUCAAGACCCAAGGACCAUUGUGUCUUUCCUCCUGACACACCACUUCACAGCAUGUCAGGGUGAUGGAGGGAAUGCAGCACACCAGGAAGAUGGCAUUGGGGUGAGAACGGGGGGGAAAACCCUAGUACUCCUUGCAUGCCAUAGUUGGACCAUUGACUGAACAGCAGGGAAUAUAUUUUGUAGGCUAGAGGGUUCUGGGGAGUUGUUCUGAGGGAAUUUAGAUCUGGUGGGGUUAUAGGAGUGGGCUUGUGGGGGAGGGGAUGAUCAUGUUCCAAAGCCUCUGAUUACUUUGGAAAAUGAUCUGAUGUCUUCCUCAGCUUGGAGGAAAGUGGUUCAUUUCUGAAUUAAUCCAACGAGAGCGCAGGAGAGUUUGCCAAUCUCUACUUGAAAGGAACAGCAAGAAAGGCCUUGCUGGAAAAAGAGGAGAUGCACACAUUGCUCCCAUUUUUUCUAAUGUUCCAUUACACUGCUCACAGAUGUGCCCAGAGGCACAAAUAGGCAGGGGGAGCGAGAAACGUUUCUGUCAAGUCCUGUUGGAAUCCUACACGAUUAGGCACUGUGCCUGUAUUGUGAGUGGAUCCUGCCCACAGUUUGUAUUGAAUACAUCUGCUAAUGUACCUUACAGAAUAAACAUGCUUCACAGUAAA